UUUUAUGCUGGGUAAAUCCCAUCGUGUCCCAGAUUAACAGCGUCUCUAAAACAACCAGUGGAACUGUGUGAACUGUCCCUUUACUGCAGCUUCACACCAGUCUAAUUCAAAGAAGGCUGAAAACAAGAAUAGAUUCAAACAUAAUAUCCAACAGUUUACAGGAGGGAAAGUUACCACUGAUAGUCUUUUAAAUUUUAAAGGUCUAUUCAAUUUUUUAAAAAUUGAAACGAAGUGAACAUACAACAAACAUCUUUAAAUGUGUGACCUAAAACGACGUUCAACCUGAUGUGACCAAACUUUGUACUUAUCUAAAUAUAAGCUGUUCACGAAAGACUGUUUAAGUCCUCGUCAUCACUUUAAUGGCAGCCGUCAGUCAGUACUUCACACUCCUGAUAUUAGAGAUCAAAGUUACAGUAUGUGGUGUUUAUUGAUGAACCGAACAUUAAUUGACUGAUUUUUUUUUUUCCGAUCAAAAUGAUGAAAAAACCCUUCGGGGAGAGGGGUGUGAGUGACCUGGUCAGUUCCCUCAGUUGGCUGGAGGAGGACGCUAGCUCCCAGGACGGGGACGAAAGUCCAGAGAUGAGACUCCACCACGGUCUGGGUGUUGGUGGUGAGAUCCACUCCUGUACAGAACUUGGAAGUGAAGACAUGGAGGAGGAAGAGGAGGAAGAGGAGGAGAUUGGACCAAAUGGAGAGAAGGGCCCCAAAAGACGAGGCCCUAAGAAGAAGAAGAUGACCAAAGCCAGACAGGAGAGGUUUCGUGCCCGCAGGGUCAAGGCCAACGCAAGAGAACGUUCCCGCAUGCACGGACUGAACGACGCCCUGGAUAAUCUUCGCAGAGUUAUGCCGUGCUACUCGAAGACACAGAAGCUGUCUAAAAUCGAGACUUUAAGACUGGCUCGCAACUACAUCUGGGCCCUGUCGGAGGUGCUAGAGAGCGGCCAGUCUGCAGAGAGCCACGGCUUCGUGGAGAUGCUGUGUAAAGGUCUGUCUCAGCCCACCAGUAACCUGGUCGCGGGCUGCCUGCAGCUCGGACCGAGUCCAGUGAUGCUCAACAAGCUGGAGGACAAGUGCGGGGGCCCCGGGGUGGAUGGUGUGGGGGGUCAGGUCGGUCAUCCCCUCAGCUUCCCCUCACCAGGCCUUCCCAGCCCCCCAUAUGGAUCCCUGGAGGCGUCCCACCUCCUGCACAUGAAGGGUUUCAAAGGGCCUGUGUACGACAACCCCUCCUCAAAUGAAUGCAGCAGCGGCACCCCCCCCUACGACGGGCCACUCACCCCUCCCCUCAGCAUCAGUGGCAACUUUGGCCUGAAGCAGGAGCCCUCUCCCCGCGAUUCAGAGAGGAACUUUACGCCCCACCCCUCCCACCCGGCCCACUUUCUCUUGUCGCACCAUUACCCCAGCGGUGAUGUGAGUGACCUGGUCAGUUCCCUCAGUUGGCUGGAGGAGGACGCUAGCUCCCAGGACGGGGACGAAAGUCCAGAGAUGAGACUCCACCACGGUCUGGGUGUUGGUGGUGAGAUCCACUCCUGUACAGAACUUGGAAGUGAAGACAUGGAGGAGGAAGAGGAGGAAGAGGAGGAGAUUGGACCAAAUGGAGAGAAGGGCCCCAAAAGACGAGGCCCUAAGAAGAAGAAGAUGACCAAAGCCAGACAGGAGAGGUUUCGUGCCCGCAGGGUCAAGGCCAACGCAAGAGAACGUUCCCGCAUGCACGGACUGAACGACGCCCUGGAUAAUCUUCGCAGAGUUAUGCCGUGCUACUCGAAGACACAGAAGCUGUCUAAAAUCGAGACUUUAAGACUGGCUCGCAACUACAUCUGGGCCCUGUCGGAGGUGCUAGAGAGCGGCCAGUCUGCAGAGAGCCACGGCUUCGUGGAGAUGCUGUGUAAAGGUCUGUCUCAGCCCACCAGUAACCUGGUCGCGGGCUGCCUGCAGCUCGGACCGAGUCCAGUGAUGCUCAACAAGCUGGAGGACAAGUGCGGGGGCCCCGGGGUGGAUGGUGUGGGGGGUCAGGUCGGUCAUCCCCUCAGCUUCCCCUCACCAGGCCUUCCCAGCCCCCCAUAUGGAUCCCUGGAGGCGUCCCACCUUCUGCACAUGAAGGGGUUCAAAGGGCCUGUGUACGACCACACCUCCUCAAAUGAAUGCAGCAGCGGCACCCCCCCCUACGACGGGCCACUCACCCCUCCCCUCAGCAUCAGUGGCAACUUUGGCCUGAAGCAGGAGCCCUCUCCCCGCGAUUCAGAGAGGAACUUUACGCCCCACCCCUCCCACCCGGCCCACUUUCUCUUGUCGCACCAUUACCCCGCCUCUACGACAGGUGGGCUGCCAGGUGGGCCUCAGGGCCUGCCCAUUUUUCAGGCGUCGCGUUAUGAGCUGCCCCUCGACGUGAGCUUCGAGUCCUUCGCUCCGUCUCACUUGGUCACCUCUCAGAUGGGAAACAUCUGACCGAGCAACACGGAAGGAACGGAAACUGACUGUGGAAAAAUGUUGUUCCCAAACAGAGGCCGAGGUUUGGACAGAGUAGGAAGAAGUGGAUUGGAUUUAUGAGAGAGAGAGAGAGAGACACAGAGAGAGAGAGAGAGUGAUCACCUCAACCUGAUCUACCUGAUCCAAACAUGCACCCCACCUUUUAUUAUUUUAUUUAUUCUGUUUUUAUGUUAUGUCUGUAAAUGUUGCCCAUCAGUCAAAGUGAAACUAAAGAUUUUUUUUUUUACCAAAUUUCCAUAACGACGACUUUUUAUCCUCAGAGUUCUGCACAUUAACAUAUAUAAAAGAGAUCAAAAGAGUCACAAAUGCUAAAUUCCGCACUGAGGCCGACGGCCAGUGUCUGUCUGGCCAAAC